AUGUCAUUAAUUGAAACAUUGCAUGGGUCGUCAAAUGAAUUUGCUGUUCGAUGUGCAAUAUUCCCUGGUUUUAACAUUGUAGAUUACGCUAAAUCUCACGAUCCAUAUCAUGGCGGAAUCAUAAUUUAUUUAAAGAAAGAAUUCAUUUAUGAAACUGUUGAAUUACUUGUCGUGAUAACUUUUAAAGCCGUUGCGAUUAAAUUGACAAUAAACAAUUCUGAUUUUAUUUUGUUAUCAAUUUAUAGACCUGGAUCGGUUCUACCUUCACCGUCGUUCUCUUUAGAACUAAUGAACGUUUUAGAAGUUUCAUCGCUGUUAAGUGAUAAAAUUGUGGCGGCGGGAGAUUUUAAUGUUCAUAUGGAGAGGAGAGAUGAUCCAAACACAGCCUCAUUAAAUGAUGUUUUUAAUUUUGUCAACAUAAUAGCUCCAAAACACGUAAUUGAAAGUAGAGAUGAUUUGUUGACGCCGUGGUUUGAAAGGGGUUGUUCAAAGUCUAAGGCAUACAGCAGAAAAAUGGAAAGGAAGUACAGAAAGACGAUAACCGCCAUGAUAGGGAGAUGUGGAAAAAUUCGCCCAUAA